AUGGCCACACCACCGACAUCCUACGGCGAGCGACCCCCGCUGCAGGGUUACCGAAGGUCGUUUACUGUUCCUUCGCGACAGCUCUCCCUUCAUGAGAGAGCAGGUCUGGACAGAUCCGAUGCCGACGCCGAUAUCCUCUUCUCCCACCCCAACGCGCGCAUCAUAGCCUUUUCGCCGCCCACAGACUCGAUUCAGACCCCAAGCAAAGAUACUCUGCCCGACGCCGAUUACCCCAUCGACGCUGUUGAAACCCUGCCAUGGCGGUCGCGCACCGAGACGCUAGCUACCAGCGGACUCAUAAGGAUUGAGAAAGUCCGAGGCUCAAGCCACUUCCUCAAGUCGGCAGACCAGAAAGUCAUCCAUACCAUAAUGCGCAAUUCACAGUGCUGGUGUGUUGACGGAGAAUCCAAAUUCGUACUGCGGAGAGGGAAGUUCAUGUACUACAGAAUCGAGCUACCAACGGAAACAGAAGAGGACAAGCAGAAGGUCGAGGAGUUCAAAGCGGCGUUGGGAAAGGUGCUGCGUUUCGAGCGGACACCGUGCCCGUUCAAGCGCGCUUUCCACGUGGACUUACCAGACGAUGCCAUCACACCUCGGAGGAAAGGUACUUGGAAGAGGCGGCAGCCACCUCAGCCCACAACCCCGAAUACCGACCCUCUACCGUUGAGGAAGACGAAGAAUUCACGAGCCUGGAGUUUUCAAGCACAGAACGAGCCUAGCCCUCUUCAGACGUAUGGUCGGCGAGGAUCGGAUUAUGGUUAUAGUGCGAGUCGAGGCUCGUCAAGGACACGGCCGGAAGCAAACAACUAUCGGUGCUCCACUCCUUCCAGUGUCCUCUCAAGCGAGGAUGCUUACGAAAGGGACCGCGAAGGCGGCUCCAGCGAGGACGGCCUGCCGGGAGAGGAGACAAACCACCGGCAGCAGCCGGAUGAGGAUGCAGUCAAUGGCUCGGAGCUGGAAGACCGGGCGGAUAAUUCUGAAUCCAAAUCUCCAGACAGACCAGUUGCGACAGGCGGAGGUGAUCAACCUGAAGAGAAAGACGACGCGCUACCUCAGCCUGUCGAACCUCCGGCCACCGAGACUUCGGGAAUGCCUGAUACUGACGCCACAGAGCCGUCAAUACCACCCGAGGCAGAAGAGCUAGAUGCUACAACAUCCGAAGAAGAGAUUCCACAAGGAGCGCCGCGAGACCUAAAGAAUGAGGUCGAACGUGAAGGACCUCUUUCGGCAGUGGACCAAGAACAGGAAGCAGGAAGCAACGUGGACAGUCCGGAGCAGACAUCUGUCGCUAGGGCGGUCGAGCAGCACGUUAAAGAGGCAGCGGCAUCACCACCCGCCGAAGACGGCCCAGAAGCCCAAUCAAUCGAACCCAUGGUGCCAAUGGUCGGUGAGAGUGGCACCGGAACAAUGGGCGAAACGCAUCCUGAAAAAAGGGAGUCCGGACCUGACGAGGUUAUCACUGCUGACGACGGCGACGAUGCCCUCAGUCGAGUCUCGAGCGUGGAUUCCUUCUACACCACCGAUUCCCUAAGUCAGGAUACGCGUGAUGAACAAGUCCAAGCCACGGAUUUCGAGAAGCGAGAGCAUGCUGAAGGCUUUACUCCCUUUUUUUGGAACCGCCACCAGCACCAAAGAGGUCUGUCAGAGAUGACAAUAACGGCUUCUACCAUCGCGUCAGAGCAGAGUCCUCAGAAACAACGACCGUCAACCAGCGACUCAACACCAGGACUUGCGCAAUCAUCCAUGUCAGACUCGUCCUGGACCGAAGUGCACACGCCACCGGCGUCGCCCAUCAAAGAAAACCUACGCCGUCGUCUACUAGCGAAGCGAUCGCUUUCCCCUCUUCCACCAUCCGCAAUACUUCACUCUCCGUCCACCUCGCCCACAAACCCAAACUAUGGCUCGCCAUUCACAGCACAAUUCCUGCAAAAGGCUGCGAACGUGGCUCUCGUCAAGCCCAUUGAAGCGGUCGUGUUACUCGUACACAUCCUCGCACGGAUAGCCAGCGGGGCGACACUAAAUGAUCUCUUCAGUGGCGACCUCUUCCGCAGACCCAGCGAACGAGAGGAAGGCGUCCACCGCCGGAGGACGAGCUUCCCAGACCAGCCUGCUCAGCCGCGGGACGACAGCGAGGAAGACGAGGACGAUUUCGGUGUGCCGAUUAGGGGCAGAACGAAGAGUGUCGAGUCAACUCCCGCCAAGGCACCACGGAGGAAGGCGGAGAAGGACCAGGACGCCGAUUCCAUCUUCGAUCUGGAUUAG